AUACUCCAUCAUAUGCAGAUACACAAAAACACUGAGCGUGUACAGUGUGCAGAGAGGAGAGCCGGCAGAAAUAAAUGACUUUGUCAGCUGGAUCCUCUUAAUCAGGCCACGUGUCAUUGAUCCCUGUAUGACCUAGAACAUUUCUCCACAUCUACUACUUUCAUCUCUGUCAAAUUAGUUUUGCUUACUUGGCACCCAUGAUUGACAAUCUACAGAAGGUAACAGGUUUUUAAAUGUUACAAAAGUAAUUUUAAGUUAACAACAGAAAGAAUGUUUGAUCAGAAGUGGAUUACCAAAUUUUGAUUACGAGUAAUCUUACAUCUGUGCUGUUGCAAACAACAGAAUGAUAAAUCACCACUGACUUGACAAUUAGCUAGUUUUUGCUCCACAUGGUUCCCCUUCUUGAUCCCUUGUUGACAAUUGGUUAGUAAAGUCCUCCACACAGCUGAUAUCUUGCAGUGGUUUCCACUGGAUGUUGGAGGCUUUCAGUGACGUGGUUGCAAACUUUACAGCUCUUUUGGAGUUUACCUUAAUUUGACCAUGGUUGAGGUGCCAACAGUUCAGGUCAUCCUCAUUUUGCCGUAGUCUUCCUCAGUUCUUUGCACUGUAUUCUCCAAUACAUGGAUUAUGGCAGACACGUGAGUUAGCGCAGUAAUCAGUCAGUGCUCAUUUCUGGACUUGUUCUUCAGUGGUCAACUACUGUGGAGAUCCUCUCAAAACUGAAGUUGUGUUUGGUUGUGGAUCUGCUGUUAACAAUAUUACCAGAUGUUUGAACUCCUGAAACUAUUCAACCUAAGGUUGUUGUUCUUUUUUAGAUACAGUUCAUAACUUUCUUGCAGAUGGGAUAUGAUGUUCGCCUUGGUGGUAUGUGGCCAAACUGAAUUCUCUUUUGCAUGAACCUUCCAUUUAUCCAUAAGUACCUGGCUCAUGGUCACCUUCGUAUUACUAUUCACUCCUUGAAGGCUGGAAUAGAGAGUAAAGAUAAUCAUGCCUAGGUGUCACAUUUUCUCAGCAUUCUUCACUUUGCACUUUUAUUGUCUGGUAAAAUACCCAACUUAAUUCCCAGUGCCAAUCAGCCAGCUUCACUGUCCUUCAUUUGCUCACCACCUCAAGGGAAAUUCUUGGUUGUGACUUGUGUAGAGCAAGAAGACACAGGGCCCGGACACAUUCUAAGAUAGUCUUCAACAUCUUCAUUUUCUCGUCAGACAGUCAGUGAGUGAAAGUGGUUAGACGCCAGUGAUUUGGAAGUCUUGUCAGGGGGCACUGGUGAUCAGCUUCCUCUAACCCAAUUUGGCUACUUUUGACGACGUCAGCUUCACAUAUCAGAGCUUAAGGCCCUGCAUAGACCUGGAAUUAACAUGGAUCCUGGCAGAUUCAGAUUAAUUGACCAGUUAACUUUCCAAUUAACUCUCGGUGGACUUAACUAUAAAACCUAACAGAGACAAUAUGAGAGAAGGGGGCGGGUACUCUGUGUCAGUGGAGAGCGCAGCAUUGUAACAAUGAUGGUGUUAUGAUUCUGCACUGGUUGUCUGCAUCAUCUUGUCUGUCUGCUCUGUGCAGCAGCUUUUAGGAGGAUUGGUUUUACCUGCUCCUUCCCAGCCAGCUCCCUACUUACUCCUCAUCUACUCUACCUGUGCUUCUGCCUGUAUAUACUGCUCUCUGACAGACAACCAGUGCCAGAUUAUCGAAAGCCUUGUGUGAGUAAAUGUCCAGCGUUCCUUCCUUCCUUCCUUGCUUGCCCGCCUGCCUGAUUCUGAUCUCGUUUUUGCCCCCUGGAUUUCUCUGCUCUGCCCACGAUGGAUAUUCUCUUGGCUUCUGAUUUGUGGACAUCGACCUUGCCUCUGCCUCCUGACUACCGUCCUCUGCCUAACCCCUGGAUCCGUCUGCCUGAAUCUGCCUCCCUGUUCAUGACCUUGCUUUUGUGCCUUGACCAAUGAUUCAAGCCUCUCCCUCGGAUCCUGUUGCCUGAUCCUGUCCUCCCGGCUCUGACCCUGUUUCUGUCUCCUGACCACUGCAUUCCACACAUUCACUGGGUUUGCAAACCUGAUAACCGGUGUGACGCAAACCUGCUGUCACCAGGGGACUACACUGAGGAGCUGAAAUUAAGUUUCCUGAGUCUCCCACGGUUUUUGAAAAGGUUAGUGGCUUUAUCUGAGUUUGACAUUAUUCUCAGUUAUCUGCUCAGCCACUAACUAAUCUGUUUGUCCUCAGAGGUUCCUGUGCCUACCGCUGGUGGUUUCCUGUCAAACACCUUCCAGGGAUCUCAAUAAAUCUUUUGAAUCGUAUCAGUUGUGUCCGGCUGAAAUUUCGGGUCCUUUGAACUACCUGUAACAGAUGGCUGUCAUUGUUUUUUUUUUUUUUUUUAUAUUAGGUGGACCAAAUGGUGAUUCACUAAUGGACAACCAAGCAGCAGAUGAUUCGAUGGAAAAUCACGCAUCAGGAGCACCGUUCCAAAGUGAAUCUCUGUUGACCAGAGACAGAGAGGGGGGAGCUCUCUUUUAUGCACUUUGCACAAAAGGACUGGUUGGCUUAUUUUUGGAAGGUGAAGAGCGGGACGACCUGAAGAGGAAGCCUCCAGGAUCAGAGUGCUUCCAGAAAAGCUUCAGGAAAGAGGAGGGUUCUUCGAACAGGGAAAGAGCAUCCUUCCAGCCAAGAAACAUAUACCAAUAGGACUACAACAACAGUGGUAUUUUUCAAAAAGAAACCCCAGCUGUGACAUUAAAACUCCCCACACUGUAGGGAUACUGCUCGCUCACAUCCGGGAGGCACCAAAACACCGCUGCAGAAUGGAUCUCCCUCCAAUCAGAGAUAUGUCUGACGUCCCGUGAGAUUAGGGAGCCCCUUGCCUCGGCCCUGGCACCCGGCCCUGGUGCCACAUCGCUGGCUCACCAGGAUGGAACACACUCAUUCCCUGAGAAAUGAGCUGGACUCAGUACUCUCACUUGAGGAGAUCCGUGCCAUCCGGGCCAACAAUGACUAUGUGGAGAGACCGGUGGCACUGGAACCAGCAUCCCAGUCUGGGUUCUAUUAUGCCCACGAGGACCGCAUAGUAUACGGCCAUCAACCCCAGACUUCUUCUUUCUCUGCUCUGUCCCACAGUCAAAGUCAGCAGCAGCAUGCUCAUUUGGCCCACCUGAGCCGCUCCAGCACCGUAAGUUCCUCAAUUUCUCGGACCAGUGCCACAUCCAACCAGCGGCUUCUGGCAGGUUUGACACCAUCUCACUCUGGCUUUAGUUCAGUUGUUCACACUCAGCCUAAAGGGGAACUGAAGUCCGAUAGUUUCUUUGGUAAAGGGCUGACGGAUGAGGAGACUGAACAUUUGUUCAUCUGUGAGCGGUGUGCUCGCUGUAAGUGUCAAGAGUGCUGCAGCCCCCGCCGCCUCCCUUCAUGCUGGGCCUGCGGACAACGUUGUCUUUGCUCUGCCGAGAGUGUCGUGGAGUACUGUACAUGCCUGUGUUGUGUUAAAGGCCUCUUCUAUCACUGUUCUGCCCAAGAUGAUGAGGAUAACUGCGCCGAUCGGCCAUGUUCCUGCACUCCAGCUAAUGCCUGUGCUCGCUGGAGCACCAUGGCCCUGCUGGCGCUCUGUCUGCCCUGCCUCUGCUGCUACCCCCCUGCCAGGAUGUGUCUUGCACUAUGCCAGUGUGCACAUGACCGGGCAACACGGCCUGGCUGCAGGUGCAGCAACACCAACACGGUGUGCCGCAAAAUUUCUGCCUCCAAUCCUAAUGCCGGUCAUCCCCCGCUACGAAGCAAAGACCUGGAACAAUCACUAUGACACGUUUAGAGUUGAGAAAAAGCCAAACCAAAGUCUAGACAUUGUGAUUGACCUGCUUACAAAUACCAACCCAACAAACCCACCAUGAAGUUUUGUUCUCCCUAAUAUACUUUGAAUUUACAUCUCCAGCUCAGGGUGGACCUACAAUUUACUGUGCCUGUCCAUGUUGGAGACUAAAUGCCAGAAAACAAGAGCUCUAAGAAGGAGAAACAAUUUGUUUAACCUUCAAAUAAGACUCUCAAACAGGAACAUCCUCUCUUUGCCUUCUGUCGCGUUAUCUCAGAGUGAUAAAAUGUAUUUAUUUAUUGUUAAACCUCCUUCCUCCCCACCCUUUUCAGAAAGUUCGAGCAGAGCACAGACAGGAGUGACUGAUCAAGAGAGGAAGGAAAGAGGCCCGUGGCGCUGUGUACAGUCUUUGCCAACAGGCGCUCUGUCCUCCAGAAACAGAAAUUCAGAGCAAGUACUGAAAUCAGUCCUACGAUGCUGUUCUGAGCACUUAUUAUGAUCUAAGGAGAAAAGGGGAAAAAAGAAAAUCUUUUUGCUACGUCGAAUGCUUGACUAGGGCUAAGCAAAGCAUAAAGGGCAUAAAGUGACUGUUGCCGAAAUCUGAAACCAAAAAAUGGGACCAUGUACUGACUAAGUGAAUUCAAAUGCUAUUAAGCUCAUUCGUAAAAGACAAGCACUGUGAGGUGGAUGGAUGAUGUUUUUUGCCCAGAACUAAACUGGGGAUUAUUUAACCAGAGAGGAUGCAUCCAUUGUGUCAAGGCAGUGUGCGAUUGGGUUUGUGUGUCCUCCUACUGAACAACCUGUGCGUGCGUGUGUGUUGUUUUGUCAGCAGAAGAAGCCUCCCUUGUCCAUAUUUUUAGCUGUGCUGCUUUACUCAAGUUCCAGGGGUCUGGUCGGGUUUCCUCUUGAAGUCAGUCUGUCGCCAGCCACACCCGGCUGACUGACCUCCAUCUUCCUUCUCCACUCCUCUUUUUCUUUUCAAUCUACUCAAUCGCCAAUCAGGUAAUACCUUGGUGCAUGAAGGAUAGGGUUAGCUUUGUGAAUAACCAACAUUACCCUAGGAAGAGCAUGCUUUUAGAUCUGAGUGAAUAAAAGUUUUUGGUAGAAAUGACGUCUGACGAAGGCUCAACACAAACAAAUGAAAGAGGACUGAAACAAUCCAGCUAGAAAGUAGAUACAAGGUUUUUAUAUUGUAUCUCCCUCCUGCCUCCUCUGUCUUCCCUCUAAAGCUCAGACGGCUAAAAGCCUCCAGCUCCAGGUCCACAGAGGGUUGAUCAAACAGGCAAUUAGCUUCACGAUAGCUCUUAAUGGGGCAUAGAAGACCGGAGUGUGGGAGUGAGGAGGGCGGGCAGGAUGUGAGGAGUUGUGGUGUUUGGCAGAUGGAGCGAGGGAUGCUAAGAGGGGAAGAAAGAGGUGGUUGAUGUUGCAAUGAGGUCAUCCUUUUUUAAUUUCAGCACUUCAGGCUUCUGUGCAGGAGAAAUGCAACAAUCGGUCUCAAAAAAGGGAGCAUCAAAAGCAAAUGAAUACAACAGUCACGUGAUUUUGGGUGUGGAUGUGUAUGAAGGUUGGAUUGUGUGCAUAUGUUUUUCUGUGUUUGUGUGUGUGUGUGUGGGGGGGGGGGAUGAAUGCAUUUCAGCUUGUCUGUGCACUUGUGUAAGCACAGACAUACACACCGACCUGAUAUGUUAAAUAUUACUUUGCUACAUUUUUUUAUGUAAUUGUGGACCUUCGACUGUAUAGCUAUUUUAUUCUGUUUUAUUUUCUGACACUGAUAUUGUUUUCCAUUAGAGUCAUUUCCUGUUUUAUUACACAUGUGAUCUUUUCAGAAAUGUUUAGGGCAACUCUCACAAGUUAUUCAUUUCCACACCAUGAUGUAAAAUUUUUUUUUUUCCAGCUUUUUGCUGCACAGAUCUCUUGUCAGAAAGGCAUGGCUUUUUUAAAAAGUGCAUGUUCUUUUGAAAGAGAGCUUUCUUUGUUGUUUUUGUGACCUCCAGGAUGAGUCGUUAAAGCACUUUUUAGUAGUUUUAUUAUCCCGGACACUCCUGGGAAAGAUUACUGCAAUUCCAUCUUUCCCCCAUUUGUGGAUUAUGGCUAGAGUCCCAAAGACAUGAUGUGUUAAUGUUUGUGAUUUUUAGCCUACUUCAUGUUGUCAGGCAGGUUUAUUGAUUUUAUGGUUGCACAUGUCAGGCUAGUGAAAUUAAACCCCAAAACUUUGAUAAAAAACAGUAAAGUAAUGAUUUAACAUGGGGACAAUUAUAUUUUCACACAGGGCUAUGUUGGUAAAGUUUUUUUUUUCCAUUGAUAAUUGAAAUCAGUGUUUAAAAACUACUUUUUGCAUUCACUCAGGUGAUCUUAGUCUGAUAUUAAAAUUAUCUCAAACAUUUUGGUAUGGCACAAAAGCAAAAACAAAAGAAACCUUAAGGAAGUAAAUACUUUUCUACAAUAUACGCAGUUAUGAUGAAGCCAUUGUGUGUAAGCUGUGGACAGUCUCUUCUGAGGCCCAUUUUCAGCCAUGUUCCAGCUGUGUGGACCCCACAUGUACAUGUUAGCGUGGUACAAUUUUCUCUCAUUUACAAAAAGACAAAUUCCUCUUUUUGAAAAUAUUUCUUGCCAUCCACACUCAUGCUGCAGAAACUAAACAAACACCUCAAAUCAGUCCUAUUAAGGUAAUGCUGUUUUAAAAAUUUGGCAAGCUGCAAGAGGCAUAUCUGUUGGCAAACCAGUUGUAACCCAGCUACCAUAGCAGACAGCAUCAGGGAUAAUAUUCUGUGCAUUUAGCACACAAAAACUUCAACUAAAUUUAGCAUGUGUUUAUUCUAUACUUUUGCUCUAAUCUGUGAAUCAAAGCAGACAAGCUGGUAUAGACACUUGAUGGAUUGAUGUGUAAUUGUUGGUUUUCUGUUAUAAAAACACGAUGGUAGAUCAUCGUUUCAAUUUUGUGUAAACACCAAUAUCAGGGCUACCAUCCAGUGACAAUAUCAAAACAACCUAGAUCUACUGGAGAUAUUUAAAAAAUAUAAUUGUGGACAUCAGAGGAUGUGUUUUCACAAUUUUGGAAUUUCCUUAAAUGUAAAAUCAGUUUCCCAGACAAGGUCCAGUAACAAAAGAGAGAUUGUUAACCAAUUAUGGCAUCUAGCGGGUGAAACCUAGGAAGUAUGCAGAUCCAGUGAAAGGUCCAUACUGGAGUAAACCAUGACUGGUUUGCUGUGUGUGAGAGUUGCCCUAGAUUUUUCUGUGCAUCACUGAUCCUACACUGAAAGUUGAGUUGGCAACUAAUUAAAUGUUUUUGUAUGGUUUCUUAAUCAAAAUAUUGCAACUUUUUUCUGCUUUUAGUGUUGUCUAUGGCAAAAGCAUUGCAAAUACUCCACCAAAAACAUAAUCAGAUGCUCAGUAAGGCAAUCUAAUCCUUAAAUGUUAUGUCCACAUUAAUGAAGAUAAGUUUGAGAACCCAUUUUUCAGAUGCUAGACACAUAAAACCAUGCUUUAUGAAAAUAAAAAAAGGUUCCUCAUACUUUUCGAUACUUUGCUGGCACAUGCAUGAAACCGUGAAUGACUACGCUUCAAAAGCAGCAGAACAGCUUGGGUGCCUGAUUAAGCAAACAAGAAUGUUGGGUUAAAUUGUUUUCAAAUGCAUCUUCAUUAUUGUGGACCCAGAUGGAUUCUGCACAGAAUCUCCUGCACUGGCAGAAUACCUGCAGUCAAACCUUGGUGCUUGUGAAGACCAUGUGAGGAACAAUUGUUUCACACUGGAUACAUUUUAGCUUGAACUAUUUAGCUGUUUUUUUAUGUACAGAAACAUACAGAAAGGUAAAAUAUGGAGGAAAAGCUAAACUUAACUCCAGAUUAACUCGAUUUAAAUCAACAAUUUUAAGAGAUAUUUCUUCCAUCGUGGCAGAAAAGUUGUCAAACUAAUGUUUGUGUUCUUAAACAUAAACUAGUGGGUUAAAAAGCUGAUAUGAUGAUGUGACCUAUUGUUAUCAUUGAAUAUAAAAUAAUUUAUAAUUAUGCUAUGAAGUCUGAAUCCUAUGCACUCUUUCCAUCCUAAUCCAUUCCUUACUUAAUUUCUUUCUUUUUUUGUUAUUUUCUCCCUUUCUUUGUGCUUCCUCCAUCCCUUGCUCGUACCCUCCUUUUUCUAAUCUUCCACCCUCCAGCUUUCAUUCCACCAUCCCUCCACCCUUCCUAUCGCCCUCUAUUUUUUCCCUUUUUCUCUCUCCUGCUUUCCUGCAUCUUUCUAUCCUUUUCCCAGUUUCUUUUUUACUCACACUUUAUUCCUUCUUCCACCAUCUUUCCUCCCUGCUUUUUUUGACUUUUUUCACCCUCUUCCCUUCCUAAUCCCCCUGUAUCCCUAUUUUCUUUCUCUUUUUCCUCCCUCUUUUUUCAUUUUUCUUUCUCUCAUCCUGAUCAUAGCUUCCUGCCUCCUCUCUAAUUUUCUCCCUCUCUCUUUCCUCCACAAAUCCUUUUUACUCUUUUUUUAUUCCUUCCUUCCUUCUUUCCUUUCUUUCUUGCCUUUCCCUUCCUCCCUCCCUCCUUCCAUUCUUUGCUGAUUUUGCUAUUUGUAGGUAUUGUAUUUAAAUCCUGACCUGAAUACAAAUAUCUUCUGUAAAUUCAUGAAGAACGUUUCAAUUUACAAUUAAAAAUGGCCAAGCAUUGACUAAAAACUCUGCUAAUUUUGAGUUUAAGAGCUUUGGUUGACAUGCAUUACUGCUCUUCAUCCUCCACGGCUCACUUUACCUGAUGAUUCUGUCUGUGUCUGUAUGAAUCAGCAAGUUCAACUCCUUUGCAUUGUCUACAUUGUCACCUCCAGGACCUGCGCUCGUGUCAGGAAUCUGUUUGCUGCUAUAUGUUCAAAGGCUACCACAGUAACCACUCCACUUUUCCUCUGGUCAUAGCAAGCAUCAUUUCUGGUGCUAAUUGGCAUCUUGUAAGUUGUAAAGGAAUUUAGGGAGAGUAUAUAGAACAAAUAUAUAUAGAAAUAUAUCUAAAAUAAAUAUAUUAUAUAUAAAACAAUAUGCAUUUCACACAUGGUUCCACUGCUGUUUUCGCUUCAUCUACAUUUAUUUAAAAGGUUGCAAUGAUUGUGCUAACAAUAACCAUGUUGUAUUUAUUUUACAGCACUCAGUGAAAGCAAAGAGCAUCAAUGUUGUUUGUAUUUUGAGUUUAUUUGUUCCUCUCAGUGUGGUGUGGCUGCUGCUGCCCUCCUGGCAAAAGACGAACCAAUAAAAGAACAGUUUUCAAACAAAA